AUGUCGGAUGCAUCUAGUGAGGGUGGUUGCAGUGGCGGUGCUUCAAUGAAGGUCUCCACUGCAACCCCAGAAAGUGAGGUGGAGAAGCGGUUGCAGCGUUGCAGGGGACCAUGGCUUUAUUGCUAUCCGCGAGCACGCGCCCACUCCUCUCUUCUUGCAUGCUACCGCGCAAUGGGAGGUCGUGGGGGGUUGGCGCCUCAGCGCCUUUGCCGUGACGCCGCCCGUGAUAUAUCGUCGUUGUUUGCAUCGCCACGAACCGCUACGAAAACGGACCAUACGCAGAAUCCCACGCGGAAGGAAGCUCCCUUGAGCUUGCGUCUCGCUCAGCGUAUGUAUCCUUCUUGUCAGAUGCCUCUUGUCAGCGAGAGCACCGUCAGUAUGGUGGAGGCGGUGUUGAGUCAUUUGCAGCUAUCAGAGGGAACGCCUGUAUUCCUGCCAGGAUUGUUGCUCUACCCACACUACCACCUGCUGGAGCUCUUUGAUGCGUGGAACUUGCGUGUCCUUGGCUACGAUGUUGAUUAUGUGACGAUGCGCGUGGAGGAGGACGAAUUCCGCAAGAAACUGCGGGAUGUUGGACACAGUAGCAAUUGUAACAGAAAUUCAAGUAAAAAAAGUUGUAUUUCUUGCAAGGAGUGCUCUGCAAUUGUUUUGUUUAUAGGAGUUGGCGCACGCUUCUUGACUAAUGUGGAAAGCAUUGUAAGUAUCGCACGUGAGGAUUCCCGUGUCUUGACGCUGGAGCUCCAACCUGUCACUGCGGCGUCGUUUUGGCCGGAGACCUGCAGUGCAGGGAGGGCUGACGUGCAAAUCACGUGCAUGGACGCGGCCGGGGAAAUGGGCGGCGCAAUCGCAUUUAGCAAAGAUCCGCUGCUUGCAAGAGGCAUUUUGGCGCGCCUGGAGGGCCGGCCUCUGGCCGCCGCGCGAAGGCAGUGGGUUUCAUUUGCGCGUCACAUCGCUCACGUGAUGGUGUCAGAUGGCAUGAGCUUUCGGCUUGCACUGUGGGUGAUGCAGUGGGGGUCCCUGGCGGCGCAGAAGCUUCGCCCCCGGCGGCGGUGGCCAACCGCGGAGGAGGCGCAGGUGGACGAAACCGCGAGAAGGGCGGGGCGUGGCGCCGUCGCGCGGGCCGACCGCAUCUUUGAGUUCCUCAUGGCAUCACAAGUGAAAGUUGCGCGUGGUGGCGCUACAAGUCGUGAAAAUGAUGGAAUGAGUUCCGUGGGCGACAAGAAGAAGAGCAACAAGAAUAAUGGCCAAAUCAACUUGGUGGUGCCGUCACGUGGUGAGUCACCUAAUUCUGCCUUUUCGCAGCCUCACCGUGGGUUGCUUCUUUGGAUGCUAACCACCGUGACGUCGUUGCAGCGGCGCGUUGACGCAGACUGCUUCUCUCUCUGGGAGUUUCUCAGCCGGCUGCGUAACGACGUGGAGGUUGUUUCGGCCGGGGAGCCGACGACGCCGCGGCGGUGUGUUGCAGGCCACUCCGACAGUUUGUUGCUUCGCGUUCGCGAGCCCGAGGCGGCGGCGCGGGCGUUGCGCACGGCGGGGUUCGACGCCGUCCCCGCCGUCGCUUGUGUCUGGAGCGGCUGCAGCGGGGCGGGCGAGGCACGGAAACGGCUAGUGGCGACGCUGCGGGAAAUUGUGCUCCUUCCUGACUGCCCUCAGAGCGCCGCCCUCGCACAGCACGCCCUCUUCCUCCCGCUCUAUGCGGAGAUGCGGUGGAAAAACCGAGAGAAGCUUCACCACGUGAUGCAGAAAACGUUUCCCGCGUCGCUGUUCUGCAGCCCCAGUGCGCACUUCCGGCAGCAUGUGACGAGCACGCCCUCUCAACACGCCUACCGCUCGACGGAAGUGGAGGCGCUGCUGCGGUCAUGCAAGCAGACUUGUAAGGACACGAACGCCCUCUUCGCGGACUCACAGCCGCUUCUUCUUUGGGCGUUGCUGGGGCCUGUUCCCGGCUACUUGCUCUCGAAGCUUUGA